AUGCCAUCUACUACUGAAGGAAAGCGCAUCUGCCAGAUCAUCAAGCUCAAGCCCGAAGCUGAAGCCGAGUACCUACGCAUCCACCGCGAAGUCUGGCCCGGCGUGCUCGCCGCUCUCGAACGUUCACACAUAGUUGACUACAGCAUCUUCCACUACAAGCCCAUGAACCUUCUGAUUGCCACGAUGAAGUACGUGGGCAACGACUGGGAGAAGGACUCGCAGAUCUCCCGCGAGGAUGCGGAUACGAGGCGGUGGUGGGAGUUGACGGAUGGGAUGCAGGAGACGCUUGUUGAGGGCGCUACGGGGAGUGCUGGGGAUAAGCCUUGGUGGGCGGAAUGUCCGGAGGUCUUCCGCUUUGAAGGGAGUGGCUGA